AUGAGCGACAGAGACGAGUUCAAAGAGCAAGUGUACUCCGUUGUCCAGAGGAUACCCAAAGGACGGGUCACUUCUUAUGGCCACAUAGCAAAGCUCAUAAACCACCCCCGUCACGCACGGCACGUCGGUACAGCAAUGCGAGAGUCGCCCCCUAACCUGCCGUGGCAGAGGGUAGUCUCAUUUCAAGGCAAGAUCUCGCCACGCGUCCCACUCGAUAACUGCGCGCGGCAGGCCCAGUUGUUGAGGCAAGAGGGCGUGGUAGUUGAGGCGGAUGAGAUGGGCUUGUUUUGUGUGGAUUUGACGCUUUAUGGGUGGUUUCCUGCGGAGGCGGCGGGGAGUGGGGACGUGCAGAUUGGGGGAACGUGA